AUGGCUUGGGGCCAUCUUGAAGCCCACUUCUCCACCAUUUUAGGCUCUUUCCCAAAUCCACUUCACCAUCUGAAUCAAUUCCCUUACUACUCCAAUUACCUGAAGCUUAGCCGUCUUGAGUUUCACAUUCUCACUGAACACUAUUCUGCAUUUGGACAAGCCCCUAAGCGUCUUGCCUUUGUGGGGUCCGGCCCCUUGCCUCUCACAUCUAUUGUAUUAGCCUCUUAUCAUCUCAAGGACACCAUUUUUCACAACUAUGACAUCGACUCUUCCGCAAAUUCCAUGGCCUCUCAUCUUGUUUCCUCUGAUUCUGAUUUGUCCCAAAGAAUGGUAUUCCACACUGCCAAUAUAAUGGAUGUGACAGAUGAGUUGAAGGGAUAUGAUGUCGUUUUCUUGGCUGCACUUGUAGGGAUGGAUAUUGAUGAGAAGGUGAAGGUGAUCGAUCAUUUGGCAAAGUACAUGGCCCCAGGUGCUUUGCUCAUGCUGAGGAGUGCUCAUGGUGCCCGUGUCUUUCUCUAUCCAGUGGUAGAACCACAACAACUUCAAGGGUUCCAACUUCUCUCCGUUUUUCAUCCAGACGAUGACGUCAUCAAUUCCGUCGUGAUUUCACGUAAGAUUGCGGAUCCUGUUAACAAUGAUCAUGAUGAUGAUGGUCAUCAUCAUCAUCACCAUGAGUUGGGGAUCCAGUCUUUCAUGCCAUUGAGUUGCAAGUAUUGUGAGUUCCAAGCUUUCAACAAUCCUCUUGGCCAGAUGAAAAUGAUUGAUAAUUAG